AAGGCGAAUUUAGGAUCUGAGAGCAGCAGAAGAACAGAACGUGUCUGGGAGAGAGGACCGUCCUUACCCCGGCACAGUGCCCUUACCCCGGGCUUACCUCUGCCCCGCACAGUGCUCUUACUCCAGGACUGACGCUGAUCCCUCUGCCCCGCACAGUGCCCUUACCCCGGGACUGACGCUGAUCCCUCUGCCCCGCACAGUGCCCUUACCCCGGCCUGGCACUGAUCCCUCUGCCCCGGACGGGCACUCCGGACACUCGGACUAUGCAGAGCUCUCCCCGGACUCUGUCACUCUCCAGCUGUGAAUGAAGAAGUCCGGUUCUCCUCCGUCUACGCAAAUGGAGUGUGUGUUACGCGUCCUGCAGGAUCUAAAGCGCUCCUCGCCACCCCCCGCUGCCGGUGAGCUCUCGGCACCUCCCACCCGCCGACCUCUGAGACGUGACGUCCGCUAUUUCCACCGUACUUCUGAUUUGUCCGAGGCAGACUCUGCCUGCUGCAUGGAUCUGCCCAACGACGUGUCUCCGGCGAGCUGCAGGCAGCGUGGCCUGGAAUGGGACUCAGGUUAUUCAGAGGUGUCCGGGAGCUCUCUGCGGGGUGAGGAGGAAGAGGAGGAGGUGGAAGAUGAAGAGCAGAGUGUCGCUCCGCCUGUAUUACGCAGGCAUAACCCGCAGUCUUCUUCACGCCUGUCCUCUGGUGGGUUACUUCAUGCCAGACAAGGGAGAAUACGACCCAAAUCCACAUCGGAUGUUUGCUUGGAACAGUGGGGGGGCAUUGGCGUGGGCAUGGGCUCUCAGGACUGGACGGGCUGCUUGCUCUCUCAGAGCCGGAGCCGUCAGCCGCUAGUACUGGGGGACAACAGCUUUGCUGACCUGGUGAAGCAGUGGAUGGACCUACCGGAGAAUGGAGAGGAAGAAGACCAGCGGACGCGCUGGUUACACAAGCCCCAAGGCUUCCUGGUUAGCCUGUCCGGUAAUGUAAAGAAACGCCUGGGCAACAUGUCCCGGGCCCGGGGGCGGACUGAACAAGAAGCUGUAAAGCGUUUAUCGUGCCCCCAAUUGGGCUGCCGACCCCUCUCUCCCUAUUACCAUCAAUCCCUCUCAGACAUUGCCGAGGUGUCAUCCGGCGUCUUACAUUGCCGCAGCCGCCAGCCAAUCAUUUGCAGCGACGGCGCCGGCUUCUUCUGACUUUUACAUGGACACCUAUUAUGUUUAUGUAUAGAUAUUUGUACAGCUUUUAUAUUAUUGUAUUUUUAUAAUUAUUAUUUUAUUUUACAAUAAACAUUUUUCAGAAAA